AUGGAUCUUGUGAUACAUGCGGCUGCUUUUGGACUUGGAGUGAAACGGGCGGACAUUAAGAUGCCCUGGGAACGUGAACGCAUCAAUCCUGUUUUUGCAAAGAAACCACGUCUGAUUCAGCCGCCAGUGUUUGUCCCUUCAGUUCCACGUGACGAUGCAGAGAUAUCGAUCCCUGUUGCCGAAGCACAAGGUGUUGUGAGAUGGUCCAAGGCUACAUCUCUAAUUCCUUGGCCUAUCGCACAGAACAGAGCAUUGGCAAGAGCUUUGGAGUCAUGGAGGAUCAUAGUGAUGGACAAUUUGUCUGGUUCCAUGGUUGGAAGGCAGAUCGAAGAAGCUCUAAGGGGCGAUCCGGACUCAAAGACAAUUGAGCAGAGUGAACAGGGCCUGACGGCUGGGCCUGGAGUCCCAACUAUGCCGGCCCCACUUGCAGCAGGUGGCUGGGCCCUGAUCCCCUUGGAGCCGAGUCAGGCCACGACGUGGCUACGAGAGAUCCUGAACAACUUCGAGCCCGUGCCAUCGCUGACAGACAUUGGCACUCACUCAUUGAAGGCAACAUGGCUUAGCAUGAUGGCGAAGGCAGGCUGUGAAGGCGAUUUGAGACGCCUUGCUGGUUACCAUACUGAUCCUGGGUCCAAGAUGGCUUUGGAGUACAGUCGUGAUGCUCAAGCCCCAGUGCUGUUGGCCCUUGAAGCCAUCACUGCGGCGAUACAACAUGGGCUGUUCAACCCCGAUGUGUCAAGAGCUAAGCGUUGGCCUAGAGAGGGUUGCAAUUCACUACAGUCAGUCAUGAUGUGGCUUGCAAGUGCAAAUGCAGAAGAGUUUUGGUAUCAGCAUGAAAAUUGUGAAGUUGACACGGCACAUUUUGAACCUGCCGAUGUAGAGGGUUUCGAAUUUGUGCGACCACCGUCUGAACCUUAUUCACCUUCAGUUGCAUCAAAUGAAAAUUUUGAAGCUGAGUCAAUUUCAUCGGUCAGUGAUGUCAGCGACAGACCUGUGCUGGGCAGAGACUAUGCAACUUCGGAUGAGGAGCGUGAUGCAGAGGUCGCAGCUCCCAUAGUCGGUGAGGGUUUAGCGCAGUCCUUAGAGCCGUCCAUCAGUGCAGUUGUUUUCAGACAUGUUCAUAGUGGUUGCUGUCAUGUCGCAAGAGACUCAGCAUGUGACCCAGACGAUGGUGAAUCAACUGUCCUUAAGUGCGGGAAGAUUGCGUCACGAAACUUUGAGCAGAUCCAAGCAGCAGGGAACUUCUUCCCGUACAAAUGCACUAGGCUCCAGAUGACGGAAUGCUGUCAUGGACUAGACCUCCUCCGCAACGGGACUGGCGCAGCCAUGUCUUUGGUGGACAGUACACCUGUGUUCGAAGCAAGGGCUAGGGCUAUUGGCAUCGAUGACCAGGCCACACGUGCGGGUUUCCGCAACGGCCCGGCUGGAGAGUUGCCCCUUGACUUGCCAGCCAAAGCCAUCUUGGAGGGCCCUGAAUUGAAGUGGCUCGCCAAAGCGGCCUGUGGCAAAAACACAUCAUGGCGAUGCCCCUGGAAAGACUUCACAGGAUGCAGAACCCAAAAGGACCAAGGUGGAGCCAAACAAGAACAAACAAGAGGCACUCCGGAUCAAAAAGUUGAAAAGGACGCCUAUGCCGAAGAAGCUGGUCGGCUGUGUGCCUUGCAACGAGCAGAUGGCAAAGAGGGCGAUGAGGAUCGCCUGGUGGCAGACUCACGAAAGCGUGUGUCAGCCGCCCUUUUUGAAGGCAGUGGAUGCCUUGAGCAGACGUUGGUUGCAAAGCGAAUGCGCUCUGCAACGGACACAACUGAGGCAAAAGAGCCUCGGUCUUUUUGUGACAUCGCUGAGGAACAGUCGAGUCAUACUGGACCUGCUGCCAAUCAAGAAGUUGAUGGUCGGGCAGGGUCGAAUGCAACAACGCAUUCAAAGCAACUUUUCCUUUUGGAUUUAUUUUGUGGUACAGCUGGCGUGGCUGCAGCGUUUAGAGCAAUGGGUGGAGAGGCCCUGGGAAUUGACCACAUAAUAGACAAGAGAAGGGUCAAAGGACCUGUAGCGAAAGUAGAUUUGUCAAAGCAGGACGGCCAAGCUACAGUCUUGCAGUGGAUAGAGGAGGACAAGGUGGACGCUGUGAUGCUGGCACCGCCGUGUGGAACGGCGUCAAGAGCACGUGAAAUUCCACUGCCCAAACGGCACAAGCUUAGGAAAGGGAUGCAACCAGUUCCGCUCAGAUCUGAAGCUGAGCCAAUGGGUUUGUCUAGUUUGCGCGGAGUUGCAAAAAUCAAAGUUCUUGCUGCCAACAAGUUGUAUGCGUUUGCAAGAAAGGUCAUGGAUCUCUGUGAGAGAAAAGGUUUACAACCCCGAGGAGCCAGAGCUCCCUUGCUGGUGGGUGAUUUCAAAUUCAAAAUCGACAUCAAAUCAACUGAUGUCACCAUUCCCGCGUCCAUCGAGGACAAUGUGCACGCUCCAUUUCAGGGCCUCCCCUUGCACUCUAAGUUGAUUUCUUCUCGAAUGGUAACUGAAGUGGGGGAGAAUGGCGAGAAGAAGGUUUUUUCCCUGUCGUCUUAUGGUGUUUUUCGUUCACCCUGGGAGUUUUUGGACAAGGCCCUAACGUUAGAGCACCCUUUGGACAGCCCUCAUACAGUGGACAAGAGCAACCUAAAGGCCAUGGUGUUCAUUAGGGACCACACUAAGGCGGAGGUGUUGAAAUUCAGGGCCCAGCAGCUAAGAAGAUAUACAGAGAGAGCAGCCCAGCUCUCCAGUGAGGAGAACAAACUCAAGAACUCGCUGGAUCCCGAUGUCAGACGCGUGCUGGAGGGCAAACGACUGCUUCUAUUCAAGGAGAUGGCCGCAGAUGCCAAGGUUGGUGAUGAGAAUCUCUUUACAGAGUUAAUCGAAGGCUUCAAGUUGACAGGUCAGAUGCCGGAGUCAAAGCAGUUCCCUGCGCGCCUCAAACCUGCCAUGAUUUCUGUGCAGCAGCUCAAAGACUCUUCAGUGUGGGCAAAGAAGAUGAUCCAUGCGUCAUGCAGACGAGUUGGUGCAGACCCUGAAAUAGCCCGGGCUGUAUAUGAGGAAACCCUUCAGCAGAGGGCAGAUGGCUGGGUGAAAGGGCCUUACACCUCCUCAGAAUUGGACCAAAAGUUUGAUGGUUGCUGGAUCCCGUCGAAAAGGUUCGGGGUGAGACAAGGUGGAAAGAUACGGGCGGUCGAUGAUUUUUCUGAAUUUUUGGUGAACGCCUCUGUAACGGCGACAGAGAAACUGCAGUUGUUUGGACUAGACGAGGUUGUCAACACAGCGCGUACCUUCCUUGGUUGCGACUUCUUGAUGAUGGAUGAUGAACUUGACAACUUGUGGUGCUCCGAACGGGUCAGAUUCUUCACAGGGCCCUGGCGAAAGAUAUUUGGAAGGGCGCUAGAUCUGAAGAGUGCUUACAAGCAACUUGCCCGGCAUCCAACUGACAGCUGGGCAGCCAUCCUUGCGGUUUGGAAUGAUGAUGCUGGCACAGUCGAAUUUUACGAGUCAGUCGCCCUGCCGUUCGGGUCGGUAUGCGCUGUGAUGGCGUUUAAUAGGAUGGCAAAGGCAUUAAGGCUGAUUCUUUCAGAGCUUUUCAUGGUGAUCAACACAAAUUUUUUCGACGAUUUUUGUCAGCUUGAGUGCGAAGGUCUAUGCGAUUCAGCAUGGGAGACAGCAGAGUUUGUGAUGAAACUUUUGGGCUGGCGCAUUUCCAUGUCUGAAGAUAAGCGCUCGCCUUUCGCUGGAGAAUUUAACCUUCUUGGAGCGGUGGUUGACCUGACGCGGUCUACAGCUGGGCUUGUGGCGGUUCACAACAAACCGUCUCGAAUUGCUGAUUUGCAGAGCCUGGUUCAAAGCAUUUGUCAAAGCGAGACAGUCGCGCUCUCGCUGCUCGAAACCUUGAAAGGAAGACCCCCGCUUAUCAUAUUCACAGACGGAGCUUGUGAGGAAGACGGCCUGUGUGUGACUCAUGGGGCUGCCUAUUACGACCCUGAAUCACAUCAAGCCUUGAUGUUUGGUGACUAUGUACCAACUUGCUGGACAGACAAGUGGCGCACAGAAGGAAAGAAGCAGCUGAUCUGUCAGGCUGAACUAUUUCCGGUCCUUGUUGCAAAGAACACUUGGAGUCAUUUGAUAUCAGGACGAGCUGUCCUCUGGUUCAUUGGCAAUAACUCUUCUCUUGCUGCAGUCAUUCGCUCAUAUUCACCUGUGCUUGAAAACUACGAACUUUUGGUUAUCAACGCGAGGUUGGACGUUGAGUUACAAGCAAUGCACUGGUACACUCGAGUACCUUCCAAGUCGAAUUUGAGCGAUGACCCAUCUCGUUUGCAAUUCUCUGAACUCGAAGCAAAGGGCUUCAAACGCUGCUCACCACGCUACGAUCUCACGAAAUAA